AUGGAAUAUGUAGAAGAAGAAUUAGAAGAAAAUCGUAUAGAUCAAGAAAUUAAAAAUUUAAAUGAAAAUGAAUAUUCAGAUAAUAAUGAUGAAGAAUAUCUCAAUAUAAACUCAAGAAAAUCAGAAUCAAUUAAACUGAAACUGUUAUAUCCUUAUACAAUAUUUGAAAAAAAUGAAAAAAUUUUAUUAAUUAUUAUAUUAAGUUCAAUUGGAUUUUGGAGUACUUGUAGUUCACCAAUAUAUUUUCCUGCUUUACCAACAUUAACAAAAUAUUUUAAUACUACAGAAUCAAUAAUGAAUAUAUCUGUUGUUUGUUAUUUAUUAUUUCAAGGAAUAGUUCCAACAAUUUCAUCAAAUUUAGCAGAUACUUUUGGUAGAAGACCAGUUAUAUUAGCAAGUUUAUUAAUUUAUAUUGCUUCAUGUAUUGCAUUAUCUCAAACUAAUGUAUAUUGGUUAUUAGCUGUAUUAAGAUGUAUUCAAGCUGCAGGAAUUGCUCCUGUUAUAGCUAUAAGUUCUGGAGUAAGUGGUGAUGUUUGUACACCUGCAAAUAGAGGUUCAAUGGUUGGAGCGACAGGUGGUUUACAAUUAAUGGGAAAUGGGCUUGGUGGAUUAUUUGGAGCUGCUUUAAUAUCUGGUUUUCAUACUUGGAGAUCAAUAUUUGUAUUUCUAGCAAUUGGAGGAGGUGUAACUUUUAUUGGAGCUUUUUUCUUUUUAGCUGAAACAUCAAGACAAAUUGUUGGUAACGGAACAGUAAUGCCUAAAAAUAUUAUGAAUAGAGCUGUCUUGAUAUAUAUGCCAUUUUUUAAAAAGAAAAUGAGUAAUGAUAUUGCAACAAUUGAACCCAAAAAAAAAUUUGAUAUUUUAGGACCAUUUAAAAUAUUCAUUAAGAAGGAGGUAUUCCUCGUUCUUGUCCCUAGCGGGCUCCAUUUUGCCGCUUGGCUGGCUGUUUUAACGUCAUUAUCUACAGAAUUGGAAAGUUCAAAGUAUAAUUAUGGAGUUAUGCAUGUUGGUCUUAUUUACUUACCACAAGGGAUUGCAACCCUCGUUGCAUCAAUGGGUGUUGGUAAACUAAUGAAUAUAUAUUAUGCUUAUAGAAAAAGAUUAUUUGAUGAAAAGAUGAAGAAUGUUCCGAAAGAUCAACGACCCGCAUUCAACAUUGUUGCAACUAGACUCACUUUAACUAUUGUUCCAGCUGCAUUAAUGAUUAUUGGAUUAAUUAUAUUUGGAUGGUGCAUUCAAUAUGAACGACAUAUAAUUUCAAUUAUAAUAUCAACUAUUUUAAUAUCUUUUUCAUCAUCAGUUUUUAUUGCAAUUUGUACAACCAUGUUAGUUGAUUUAUAUCCAAAUCAAGGAAGUGCAUCAACAAGUUGUUUAAAUUUAAUGAGAUGUUGGUUAGCUGCUUUAUUUGUUGGUGUUUUAGAUAAAAUGAUUAAAAGUUUAAAUCUUGGUGGUACUUAUACUUUAAUGGCUGGAUUAUGUUUAUUAUUUGAUCUUUGUUUAAUUUAUGUUCUUUAUUGUACUAAUAAAGAAUUAAGAGAUUUUUCAUCAAAUCAAAGUACAAGAGUAAGUAGUACUACUUCAUCAGUUAUAGAAUAG